AUGCGGCACGAGCUGCUGCGGACGGCUUCUUGGGACUCCUAUCCUGGCAAGGUCUGCGAGAAGCAGAUCGAUUUCACUCUUCUCGGUUUAUGUUCGCUCUCCAAGACCAAGUUCAAUGUCGAGGACAUGCUGCACACCUCACUGCCCGGACUGAGUGGGCUAAGUGGGCCCGGUGUCGGUGCUGAUGCCGUGCGUUGA